GUGGUCGUUUCCCUACGCACUCGAAAGAAAUCCGGUGAAAUUUACUGUGGAUGCGGACGAACCAAAGGCGCAUAACGCAUUCCCGAUCCUUUUGGGAGCCUUUUAAAUCGCACAUCGUCUUUCACGAGCGAUCCGACAGUCAACAUUGUGACAAAAACAUCCCGAAACGGUCCCCGCGGACUAGAAGCUGGCCUUCCUAAAACUAGCGGAGUAAUGCUAUGCGAUACACAACGCAGCUUUUUGCGAAGGGUUGUCACUUUUCCAGCAUAGGAAAUAGUGGAAAGUGUUACUAAAAUAGCACGUCGUGAGAUAGUGACUAUAAUUUUCUCCAAAGUGAUGACGCAGUGAAUUAAGUACAGGCAUUCUGGCAAAGGAUCUCCUUACCCUUCCCCAGUGUUUCUUAAGGAUAGUACCUCCGAGGGAGGCAGUUGAACACAUUAGUGUGCUAAAAGGGAAAAGGUCUCAAUUCUAAAAGGGAGUAGCAAUUCUCAAGUGUAGUCCAGUAAGGAAGUUAAGUGAUAUUAUUGAUCAUGAAACAUUAUAAAAUGCUCUGCUAGAUGCAACCCCAAUAAUCAAACAGUGUAGAAGAAAAACUUAUUUGCUUGUAAGAUAACAUCCAUUUCUUGAGUGUGAACAAUAAGCACCUUCAAUUUCACGGAACGUAGUUAUGCCAAGGAGAUGUUUUCCAUGGGGGCACCAGCUGCAGAAUCCUACGUCGGAGGCGCAUCAAUAGGAUUUCAACCCACAUUCUAUAAAACCCUCUGCUGGGCUUCGGUGAUCGGAUGAGAAAAAAGUUCCAACGAUUGCAGUAAAAAAUAAUCAAGUGAACUCCAAACACAAAAGACUAAUAGGAGUGGAUGUUGGUGUCGUGCAAGUGUUCUCCCUCCUCUCCUAAAACUAUGGCAUAAUCAUGCUCCUAAUCUCGAAGCAACUUUCGACCGUUUAUUUUGCUAUUUCACCCGUCGUAAAACCGUUCAAUCGUUUAAGUUCAUGUGAUCGCACGAAGGUGCAAAAGAGGAAACUUGUUCAGCAUAAAACAACCGAGUGCUUAGAUUUCGCUAAAGAAGUGUCCUUUUGCCGGAUCCGCACGCAACUUGUUUCGAAUGGUAGAAGAAUAUUGGUGGUUCCCGGCGAUUCUCCUACAACUCGAUCGUAUCACCACAUCCCCGCGCCCUGGGGCACCCACCAUCGCACCAAAGUAUGCUGAAACCGAUCAAAACCUUUCUCACCUAUUUGCAGAGAAAUGCUAAUAGUUCGAAUAUUUUUGGAUUAACACCAACAACAUCUACUACGACAAUGGGUCCCACGGAGCAGCCCAGGCUAGAGGAACCGAUGAUGAUCGCCAACGAAGAUUUGGCGAACGAAAAUGGCGACGAUCCACUGUACGAUCCGCUCGCCCUGGACGACGAUUGUCCCGGGGGUGGUGGGCUCACGGUGGAGGACAUUAAUCCCCACGACGUCAGCACUGGCAGUGAAGCCGACGUUGACGGGGUGGCGAGUGGCAAGAUAAUACUGGUCGAUGUGACCACGCUUACGUCGAACAUCAUGAACCAAUCGGAUGAGGUAGAAACGGAUGAUGAUGAAGACGCCGUGGAGCAGGCAGCAAAGGAAGACCUGACAACAAGCGACACGGAGGAGCCCGCUGAACUGCUUACAAACAACAGUUCCUUCAGUGACGAAGCGGGUCGGACGGAAGAGACAAGCCAACUCGUGAGCGAUCAAUCGAGUGAGUGCGUUGUGCUCGAGGUGGUGGAAGACGAUGGGAAUGCGAUGGAAAGUGAUGGCAUUCAGGAAACACUGGAAUCAUCGUCGGUGACCGAAAAUGAUAGCUUUACAAUGGCCAAGGAACAACCGGCUGAUGGUAGUGACAAGGAUAAUGCACUACCGAAAGGCCAUACCAGCGCCCCAGAUACUCUUGUGUCCGUCGUCUUAAGCCCGGAUGUAGAUCAACACCAAAAAGAUGGAGCGAGUAACAAGCUGCCGGAACAAAUACAGGGAGCUCUGCCAAGCGGGGCUGAGGCAGAGGAGGAAGAAGCCAGCGAUGGUUCCGAUUCCGGGCUAGGAUUGGAGCCGUCCCGAAGCGUGAACGCUCCCAGCAACAGUAGUAGCUGUAGUAGUAGUAAUAGUAAUAGUAAUAGUACCAGCAGUAGUAAUAGCAGCACCCCACUCGAACCGCAACCGAUCAAGAGUAGCCUUAAGCGACGCUCGGAACCGCCGGGAACGACGGGAGAGAGUAGCGCCUCAUCAUUGGGCCUCGACGACGGAGUAAGCAGAGAAAAACGGCCCAAGAAAGCCAUCACGUUCGAAGGCGUAACCGUGUACUACUUUCCGCGCAUCCAGGGUUUCGGUUGUGUGCCCUCUCAGGGAGGCUGCACACUGGGAAUGGAAUUUGAGCACGUGCAUUCGAGGCGUCUAACGCUGGCAGAACAUUCGUCCGAACAGAGGAAAGUCCACCGGCAGCAGCUGCAGGAAUUGAACCCUCGCAGUUCCUCGAGCGACGACACGAGCAGCGAGGAGGAACCGAGCGAGAGCGGUUCGGAAGCUGAAAGCGAAUCGUAUGGGUUCCUACAACCGGUCACCACCCGGCAGCGGCGUGCCCUACUGAAGGCAGCCGGUGUUCGUAAAAUCGAUUCUACCGAAAAGGAUGAAUGUCGGGAGAUCAGGACAUCGCGCGAGGUCUGCGGUUGCACGUGCCGCGGGUUCUGCGAUCCGGCAACGUGUGCAUGCAGUUUGGCCGGCAUUAAGUGCCAGGUGGACCGACCCAGCUUCCCCUGCGGCUGCACGCAGGAAGGCUGCGGAAAUAAGGCCGGUCGGGUGGAGUUCAAUCCGGGGCGCGUUCGGACACACUUCAUACAUACCAUCAUGAGGCUGAACCUGGAAGGGAAGGCGAGCGAAAUGCGUCGACCGCUCGUCGGUGGCAACACGGGAACCGUCAGCAACAGUGUGGUCGACGGUGGAACGUCAGUGGGCGAAACUGGUUACGUUGGAGGAAGUGAGAAAAAUUGGUCCAACGGUCCGAUUCGAUUACAGCAGCCGGGGAUGGUUUACGCGGCUGGAAUGCUCGGUGUUCCGACGCCCGGUCCUAGUGGCUUAGGAGUAGGUACCGAGGGAGGAGGGUUGGUACCGAUGAAUCAUCAUUCCAUGUCACCAUCGUCGUACCAUCAACAACCGUCGAUACAAACGCAACAUCAAUACUUUGGCCCACCACCGGAUGAGAGCUACCUGGCCAGUUCGGCAUACCAUGACUACAUGGGAGGCAACGCACAGACCAUGCUUCUUGGAGCGGCACCUACUUCCACUUCCGCGAUCAACACAACCCCCCAGCACCUUAUCGGUGGCCUUAUUUCACCUGCUCACACAACGAAUCCCGUGGACGUUCAUUACGGCUACCGGGAUUACUUCGGCGGUUCCUCUUCGGCGCCAACAACUUCAGAGCAGCCUCAGCAGCAUUUGCCUCACGGUCAAAUAUACUACAAUUACGCUGGUGGAAGUUCCACCGGGACAAACGAUGGAAGCAGCACACUGGACCCUACCUAUCGUCAUCCGCCGGUGCCAGCAACGACCUCACUGCCACCGAUGCACCAAAUACCCGGGACAGGCAGUAUAUCACCUUAUCAUGCCCAGCAACACACGGUUCCUACCGGUCACGACCGGCAACAUCUGGCGGGAUAUAGUGGCGAUGGGGUAGAGGAUCUUCCCGCGUCUGCAUCAACAGAUGCUACUCCUUUGCCCAUGUCCACGGUCAGUUCACUCGAUACUCCAGAUGGUUCACAAUAUGCCUCUGCAGAGGUACCGUUUCCCUCGUCGAAUCGGUCGUUCACUUCCGAGGCAGAACAGACCAUUUCCAUUAGUGACAGCUCAGCCGAAGGAAACCUUCUCGAUAGCAGUGUGGAGGAGAUCGGGGACGGAGAUGAACCGACGGCAGCUUCCCCAUCCCCUGUGAUCACCGUCGUCGACGACGAGGAUGAUGCUGGUGGAAAGCAGUCUCCCCGCGUUUCGGGUGUUGGAAAUGACGAAGGUGAAGGGGAAUCGGAAUCGACCAGUUGCUUCAUCGAUCUAACUGCACCAGUCGCCGGAAAUGCCGAGCGUCUGGAAGCGAUUAACGAUCUGCUAGCGUCCAGCCGACGUUCCGCAUCCCUCGCACCUCGUACGAUCGCCGCCGAAGAUGACGAUGAGCUGCGUGACUUCCGACACUCACCGCUCCCUCCGAUGAUUUCAAUCGAUUCCGAUGAUGAAGACGACGUCCCGAAAGGCGCCGAUAGUGACGAUGGCGGCGACGCAGACGUUAUUGCCGUCGAUCGCCCCACAACGAAUAGUUCCGACAGCUCGGUCCUGAUGGAAAAAAGCGGCCCAUUUGUGAACGGCGGUGAAACACUGGCGCACCGAAACGGAACGGAAACCCCGACGCUCAUCAACGGUGGUGGCGUCCAUCGUUUGGGGGAGGAGCGGGAUAAACGACCGCGAGAAACGCUGCUGGUGAGGGCCCGUGCGUCGUACAAAAGUAACAUCGCAACAGCACCGACGACGGUGGCGGCAGCGGCGGCGGCGGCGGCGACGGCGGGACUCGAAUCGAAACUGGCCAAGACUGAUACCAUCGGUUCGCCAUCGUCCGGUCCGGCAUCGCCGGUACCGAGUGAAAAUCUGUCCGAAAUCAUCAAAAACAGCAUCGUCGAGACGGCGGUGACGCACUGAAAGUUUUUGUGUUAGGCCGCGUCUUCGGCACACUUUCCAAGUACUGUGGUAAAUUUCUUUCAUGAUUUUUUUUUUUUCGUUUCAUGCUAAUCGUACAUUUAUUUAAUGUCUCCGGUUUCCGGAGUGGAUACGAAUCGUUGGGCUGUUGGGAGGUUAGGUUAGUUAUGUUCAUGUUUUGCUGUCGUUCUUUUGCUAGCCCCUGUUUUUCCUCCACUCCUCCACUAAUGUACCGAAAGCUAUUAUUAAACGGUUCGGUUGAAACUAUAA